AAAAGAUCCCCAAUUUAGCUAAUCUUUAUACGGCUAGGGGUUAUCUCUCUCCGUCAGUCCAGUGAGUCCUAUCCCCAAUCACACCAGAAUCACCAUGUAUGUUGUUGUGUUCGUCGCAAAACCCUAACUUCCAUUCUUCCUCUUUCUCUUCUAUCACACCAGAAUCAACCACCAUUUCUGCACUCUUCUCGUACUGCUCUUGAUACAGGUCAGAGGAUGAUCAUAAAUGGAUGCGGUAUGAUUUCCAAAACAUAUAACCCUAUUUCUUGUCAUGCUUCCUGGCCAAGGCCUGCUUCUUUGCCUGCAAAGGCUGCAUUAACCAAUGUCACAGCUUUGUUUCGACCAAGUGAGGGGCUGAAGUUGCGUUAUCCCACAGGGUUUUUGUUGUCCUCUCAUCUUUCAUCUUCAUCAACUCCUCUCUUGGGUGGAGAACAUGGUGGGUUGUCACACACCAUUCCCGUUCUACCUAAAAGGAGAGCACACAGCAUAGUACCUCGAGCAGCAAAGGAUGUUCCUUAUACUUUCCGGUUUCCUCCAAUGAUGAAGAAGCCUCAAUUUUGGUGGAGAACCCUAGCCUGCCUUCCUUAUCUGAUGCCUUUGCACGAGACCUGGAUGUAUGCAGAAACAGCUUAUCAUCUUCAUCCCUUUCUCGAGGAUCUCGAGUUUCUGACAUACCCUUUCCUUAGAUCGAUUGGGAGACUACCACCUUGGUUUUUCAUGGCGUACUUCUUCGUUGCUUACCUAGGGGUCGUGAGGAGAAAGGAGUGGCCCCAUUUCUUCAGGUUUCACGUUGUGAUGGGAAUGUUGCUCGAGAUUUCUUUGCAGGUUAUUGGUACUAUCAGUCGUUGGAUGCCUAAGGCCGUGUACUGGGGCAAGUUUGGGAUGCACUUUUGGACAGCUGUUGCAUUCGGUUUCCUGUUCACCGUUCUGGAGUGUAUUAGAUGUGCUCUUGCUGGGAUGUACGCUGAUGUUCCUUUCGUGUGUGAUGCUGCAUACAUCCAAAUUCCGUAUGAUUAAGUUCUGUACUUUUCAGGUGAUGUGUUUGCGAAUGUGGAACAUACUUGAGAAGCUUGUUUGGAGAGAAAACUUCAUCAAAGAUGUAAACACCAAUCUGUUUUAAGGUGUUUUCUGUAACUUCCUGUUCCUGCACUGUCAGAUUAGAUUUGUAGAAUGCAGAAAGGUGGUAUUGUUCUACCCAGAAACAGUGCUUAAUGUAGGUUAAGUUGUUGAGAGUCGCCUGAACUUUGUGCAUAAUUCACUGUUGGGUUUUAUGUAUUGUGUCUAGUGACUAUAUUUGUGAAUUUGAGCAUUUAGUGCAAAUGAACUUGUGUUUAAUCA